AUUUGAUUUGACCUGCCAUGUGAAUAGCGCAGUGUUGUGAACCCGACAUGGAGAUGGCGAAGGAUGGAGGAGGCACGUGGUCUUCUCCAGGACCCUCAUCUGCUCCCUCCAGCCCCGCCUGCUACAGGAGUGUGCUCAUAUUCUGCCUCCUCUUCUUCCUCAUAGCUGGCGUCUUUGUCGGACUGCUUAUCGCGUACCUGAUGCAGGAGCAGCAUUCCUUCAUGGAGACAGUUGAGCUGAAGGGUCUCAAGCAUGAUCCAUCGCUACAGGAUCAGAACUCGGGUUUCUCCAUUGUACUGACAUCUGUCCUAAAUUCAAAGAUCAAAAAUGUUUUCGCUUCCUCGUCAAUAUCCCAUCACUAUGUUGACUGUAACAUUAUUGCCUUCGGCGACAUGAAUGGUGAUGUGAUGGCGACAUUCAGGCUGGUCUUCACGGUUUCCAAAUUCCAGCAGUAUUCGGAAAACUUCAUUCAGGACCUGCUGAGGGCAGGGCUCACCUCAGUGAUGCACGGGAAGCCACUGGAAGUGCCACAGUUUGGACACAUCAACGCUAUCAUCUUACUGGGUGCUAGUGGGAAGUCGUUUUACAGUAUUGGAGAUGAUAUGCUGGGCGAGGACAGUUGUCCCGAAAGCGCCUUCACCUGUGACAAUGGAGAAUGUAUCAUCAAAUUAAACCCAGAGUGUGACUUUGCAACAGACUGUGCAGAUGGCUCCGAUGAAGCUCGCUGUGCCUGUGGCAUGCGCAGCGCCACGGGGAACCGUAUCGUGGGCGGCGAAGACGCCCGACAAGGGGAGCUGCCGUGGCAGGUCAGUCUCAGGCUGCAUGGACAGCACACGUGUGGAGCCUCCAUCAUCAGCGAAAGGUGGCUGGUCAGUGCGGCACACUGCUUUGAAACGGCCAAUAACCCCAAAGAGUGGACAGCCCUGGUGGGGGCCAGUCUGGUGAGCGGGGAGGAGUCCGAGUCUAAAACAAUAAACAUCAAAACACUGACGGUUUCUCCAGACUACAACCCCAUGACCACCAACAUUGAUGUGGCCGUGCUGGAGCUGGAGAGCCCUCUCACCUUCAGCCCCUACGUCCAGCCUGCCUGUCUACCCGCCCCGUCUCACGUCUUUACACCCGGCCAGAGAUGCGUAGUGUCAGGAUGGGGAUCCCUGCACCAGUUUAGUUCUGAGAUGCCUUCCACGCUGCAGAAGGCCGUGGUGAAAAUCAUCGACUCCAAGGUGUGCAGUAAGCUGCCCGUGUACAGAGGCGCAAUCACAUCCAACAUGAUUUGUGCUGGAUUCCUGCAGGGCAAGGUGGACUCCUGUCAGGGUGAUUCUGGGGGGCCUUUGGUGUGCGAGGGUGCCCCAGGGAGGUUCUUCCUGGCUGGGGUGGUGAGUUGGGGUAUAGGCUGUGCCCAGAUCUACAGGCCUGGGGUUUACUCGCGGGUCACCAAGCUCCGCAGCUGGAUUCUUAGUCACGCAGACCCCAGCUUGGCCCAUUACUCUCCCAAGCAUGAGCUCACUUUGCCGGUCACUGCUCCAGCUGUGAGUGCUCAUAAUCCUCCACUUCCCAGGACAGUCGCCAUGGAUGUUGAAUACGCCCCAACACUUCAUGCCUCUAACUGCAGUGGAAACUUCCAGUGCAGUGCCACUUCCUGUAUCAACAAGUUAAAUCCAGAAUGUGACAGAGUCCCUGACUGCCCCAACCAAGCUGAUGAGAGAAACUGCGACUGUGGUGAGCGUCCCGCGCUGGGCUCCAACAGGAUUGUGGGGGGCGUGACCGCUCGCAGGGGCGAGUGGCCUUGGAUCGGGAGCCUUCAGUACCAGAGACUCCAUCAUUGUGGCGCCACGCUGGUUCAGAGCAAAUGGUUACUGACUGCUGCACACUGCUUCAAAAGUGAUCCCAGCCCCACCCAUUGGGCAGUGAGCCUGGGAUCUGUGCUGCGCUCCGGUGUAGGAGCCGUGGUCAUUCCCAUCCAGCGGGUCAUCAUCCACCCAGCUUUCAACGGCACCAGCAUGGACCACGAUGUGGCCCUACUGGAGUUGCUCAUCCCGGCCCCCGUGUCCCCCACUAUCCAGUCCAUCUGUUUACCUUCACCGGCGCACCGCUUCUUGAAGGAUGCAGAGUGCUACAUCUCAGGAUGGGGAUCCAUGAGGGAAGGAGGUUCACUGACCAAUCUGCUGCAAAAAGCACCAGUGAGCACCAUUGAGCAGGCAGACUGCCAGGAGUCGUACGGAGACAACCUGACUCCUCACAUGAUGUGUGCCGGCUACAUGGAAGGAGGCAGGGACACUUGUUUGGGAGACUCUGGGGGUCCAUUGACCUGUCGUGAAGGCACUGGCCAGUGGUUCGUCGCCGGGGUAACCAGUUGGGGACACGGAUGCGGUCGAGCGGGUUUUCCGGGGAUUUACACUCGAGUGACUUCUGUACGGAAUUGGAUAUCCUCAUACCUGCCUUUCUGA